AUGCACCCCUCGCACCUCGUCCCCCUCCUCCUCGCCUCGCUCGCCCUCGUCAAGGCUGCUCCCGUUCCGCAGGACGCCGCGACCACCGCCGCUCCCGCUGCCCCCUCUCCGACCGACCCAGCCCUCGCCAGCCUCGCCAAUCCGGACACGAGUACCGCCACGGCCGUCAACUUCUCGCCGGAAGGCUUCCAGCAGUCGAUGCAGCCGCCGAGCGAGGACGCCUUCAACUCGAGCCCUUCCUCCUCCUCCCUUGCCACGACGGACUCUUCGACUUCCUCCACCACUCCGAGCGACGGCACGUCCAACCUUCCCGGCAACAGCUCCUCCUCCACCUCUACCUCCGACGACGCCGACGGCCUCUCGAACAUCCUCGGCACGCUCAACACGCUGCAAAACUCGGAGAAGAUGGGCGGCGCUGGCGGCGCGACGGAUGCCUCGUCGAUGGUUUCGCCUCAAGACGUCGACGCGGCUGCUGCUGGCGACGCCAUCGAGUCCGAGGCGACUCCUCCUGCCUCCCCGUCGCUCGCCAACCUCGCCUCCGUCGCUCCUCCCCUCGGCGCCAAGAACGCGCUCGCGCAGGAGCCGACGUACACGACCGUUGAUCCUGCCGCCUCGACCUCAGCUCCCUUCGACAUCGGCGCUCUCCUUGCGUCUGCGACCGCUCCGCCCACCGACCCACUCUCCGGCUCCGUCACCGUCGCGACGACUCUUCCGAGCCUCACUGCCGACGCUCCCGCUCCCUCGUCCUCCUCCGUCGACCCGUCUCUCUUCGCCUCAACUACCUCCGACCCCUCUUCUACCUCCUCCGCCUCUGUCGAUACUGCCGCCGCCUCGUCCACUUCCGCCGACCCUUCCCUCGUCGCGUCAACCGUCGCCGAUCCGAACCCGAGCACCAUCGUCUUCGACCAGGCGGGCUUCCUCGCCGGCGCUUCCUUCGCGCCUGAGGCGACGGCGCCUGCUGCUGGUGCAGACGCGGCGAGUCCCGCUGCCACCUCCGCCGCUUGA